CACACGGCCGACGGCGCUAAUUUUAGCCGUCGCCACGUGCGAAAGCAAAACCCCCAAACGUUCCGUCGAGGCGCGAGUGCUGCCCAUCGGCGCGGGAGACAUCGCAGCCGACGCUUACGAUGGCGGACGCACCGUCGAAACCAACCGACACGGGGGCGACAAUGAAGGGCGUGUUUGAAGCGCGCAAGAGCGUCGGCGCCGAAAACACGAACCGAAUAGCAGAGCUCCUCGAGCAAGAGCUCAACGGCAUGUCCGCCGACCAGAUCGCCAAGAUGGUCCAAAAGCAAAACCACGGGUUCGUCAUCUCGCUCAACUCCAAGUUCAAACUGUGGUGGGACGUCGCGGUCGCGAUCUUGACGCUGUACGUGGUGAUUGUGACGCCGGUCCAAGUCGGAUUUGGGCUCAAGGACUACAACACACUCGACAACAUCCAGGUGUUUGUUGACGCCAUGUUUAUCGUCGAGCUCGUGCUCACGUUUCGGACGUCGUACAUUGAUUCAGCGACGCGGGAAGAGAUCAACGACGCGUCCAUGAUUCGGCGGCACUACAUGUACGGGUGGUUCAUUCCGGACGCUGCGAGCAGCUACCCGGUGCGCGUCCAUGAUGGCGGAUGCGGCGGCGUCGACUCACGUGUGCUUCAUGACGAUGCAGGUGUCGUGGUUUAGCGCGCACGACCAAAACAGCUCGGUGCAAGCGCUCAAGUUUUUGCGCAUCCUCAAGAUCUUUCGUGUGUUUCACUUGUCCAAGUCGCCGCUGUUUGCCAACUUGACGGCGUACGUGUCGCGCAAGAUGAACCCGGCGAUGCUGCGCAUGCUCAAGCUGCUGCUCAUCUUCCUCCUCUGCCAGCACUUUAUCGCGUGCAUGUAUUACUUUGUCGUGUCGUACGAAGGCAUUGGCGCCGAUACGUGGGACGUCCCGUUCGACUUGGACGAAACCGGGCUCACGGAGAAAUACGUCGGGUGCUUUUACUUUGCCAUUAUGGUCACGACCGCCAACGAUUUGCAGCCGAAAACAACGCUCGAGCGCAUUUUCACGGGGCUCAUGCUGCUCCUCGGCAUUGCAAUCAAUGCCACAAUCAUCGGGUCGGCGGCCAACUUGCUCGCCAACCUGGACAAGACCGAAGUCGCGCGAAAGGAACACUUGGACGCGAUCAACGACUACCUGCGCUUCAAAAAGGUGCCGCUCGCCCUUCAGGACAAGAUCCGGCACUACUACGAUUACGUGUGGACCGUCCGGCCGAGCGAACAGUCGAGCAAUUUGUUUGUCGAUUUGCCGGAUCGGCUCAAGCUCCAGCUGACGCUGUCCCUCCACCGCGACUUUAUCAACAAGGUGCCGCUGUUCAAAGCGCUGUCGCCAGGCGGCACGAUCGCGAUCGUGCAGUGCAUGGAAAGCGUCGUUGCCAUGCCCAAGGACCUGAUCAUUCGCGAAGGCGAGCCGGGCGAAGAGUUUUACUUUAUCAAUUCGGGGUCCGUCGAGGUCGACAUUGCGGUCAAGAAGAACAAGGUGCAGCUCGGCGUGCUGGGCGCCGGGUCGUACUUCGGGGAGAUCUCGCUCCUGACCAACGAGCCACGGUCGGCCAACGUCCGCGCGGCGCUCUUUUGCGAGCUCGAGAUGAUUCGCAAGGACGAUUUCAACGCGAUCAUCCACAGCUUUCCCCAGUUCCACAUUGCGCUCAAGAAGAUCGCCGACUCGCGGCAGCAGACCGCGAUCAACAUGCAAAAGAUGUCCAAGCUCAUGAAGAAGGACGAGACCCCCGAGGCGACAGCCACCCCCGGCCUCGCGGCCAUGAUGCGCGUCAUCGAUUUGGCCAUGCGGCGGAAAUCGCCCAAGGUCAACGAUGCCGACGCGGUCAAGAAAAAACCCGCCAUGCUCUUCGACUCGGUGCUCGACGACGACUUUAUCCUCAAUAUGUCCCAAGCCAAAGCCCGCAACAUCACGCGCAUGAAGCGCAUCAGUGCAGACAUGUUUUCAAGGCUCGACGAUCCCGAGUAGCACCGAAGCAGGCGCCAUGUCGUCGCCGCCGUGUAGAUGGGAAGCGAUUAUUAUUUUAACAAGCAGUGCGAUCAAUUCAACGUGUUCGGUUGCGCCACACGAUGUCGACGCUAAAAGUCGUCGUCGUCGGCGGCGGCGGCGUCUCGAUUUGG